UAACCUUAACCUUUGCCCUAAAAGAGGCAAGAAUCUACCAAUCAGAUUUGAAAAGCACAUCCAGCAACACACACCGCGACGUUUUAAACUGGAGCCUCGAUCAACCAAACCUGGAAAACGAUCAUAAUCCCAUCUUCUGGAUUAACUGAUGAAGGCCUAAGUACUACAUACCUAUCACUACCAAUAUGAACCAAGAAACACUAACUGGUACCCAAGUUGGAAUUCUGAUUGAUCUAAGUUCACCAUUAAACAUCGAGCAGCGUUUACCAAAUAUCCCAAACCCUGCAGAAGAAUGUGGCAAUAGUGAGAUAUCUUCAACUGAAACUAAGCUGGAAACACUUGUUGAACCUGAUGAGAAAACAAAUUUAGUGAAUAUGAGUGUGCAAGGAAAAGAAUGUACAAAUCAAGAAUCAGAAAACAGUCGAAAUCAAAGUUUCAAAUGGAGUGAAGAUAUACCGCUUGUGGAAAACGAACAGUUUGAUUUUGAUCUGUCUUUAUCACCGAAUGGUGCCAAUAGAGUUGACUCAAAUGAUGAAGAAGAUGAAGUGUUUUUUGGACCAGUGAAUCAUCGUGAGAAGUGUGUUCGCGUUAAGAAAGACAUUGAAAGCAAGUCUCUCAAACCUCUCAGUCCGCUAACCAAUGAACAGUACGCUGAACUAUUUAAAGAAGCAACUGGACUUGUGAUGGAUCUCCAGCAAAAUGGAGACCCAGUCAAAGAAAAGAAAACAUCAGGAGAAACAGAACAAUUUAUCAGUAAAACACUUGAAUCACUGAAGCUGACCAGUCUGUACGAUUCAUCCCCUGAAACAACUGUUGACUGUAGCAACAAAACUGCAAUUUCAGAAUCGCAGUGUUUCAAACGAGAACAGAAGAAAGAUAUUAGAAGUCCAAGGCGUCAGACUUACAUUAUCACAAAAAAUGUUAAUCCAAUCAGCGAGCUACCUAAGGCUAGUGAGUGUGUAUCAAGGCUAAAGCCAGCUGGUGCUGUAGCUUUUAAGGCUAAAGGAGCAGUUCAAAAGAGUGUGCCACGGCCAUCAAUGAAGGCUAAGAAUCCUAAAGGAAGUGUAACUGCAAGCAAACAGUCUUUUGCCAAGAAAAGACAGGAGCUUUCAAAAUCAAAUGUCUCCACAUUGUCAGUGAAGACAAGUCCACCAAAGAGGGUAAGAAAAAGUAGCAGCCAAUGUUCUGAGGAUGGCAUCUCAGACACAUCUAGUAUCACCUCUGACAUAAGUGAAACAUCCACCUCCAGUAUACCUGUACCUGGAAAGAAACGGUCAUUGCCAGUCCCUUCAAAGCUCAUGAAAUCAGGUUUAGCAGCACCAACAAAAAUUGUGAAUGGACACAAAGGUCCAUCUAACAAGCCUACACUUAUGAAGCCAGGGACAUUCCAACGGCGGACACUUAUAGUCAACCGAAGUCAAAAAGGAGAAACUACCUCUAAAACACAACAGCAGCCUUUGAAAGCCACAUUGUCAUUAAAAUCAACCAAAAAGACAACGCCAGUUAGCAAAAUGCAGCCAGCCGCAAAGGAUCCUAGAAAGACACCGUCAUCCAACCUGUCAGUAGCUAAGAGCUCCCAGGUCAGAAAGGGUACACCACGAGGUACUCUGAUGUCUACACCUGUAUUCCAGGAAAAAAGAGUUGUUCCUAAACGAAUUAUUACAUCAAGCUCAAAAACAGAUCCAAAACAGAUUACAAGAUCCACAAGUAGUCCAUACUCAGCAUCGAGUCUUAAAGCCACGCCUGCAACACCUUCCAUUUCUAAUCAUAAGCCGUCGGUAUCAACCACUGGCUCAGCUCGUCGUCGGUCUGGUAUACCAACACCGAUGAAAUCAUCAACCAAAAGCCGAGUAUUUUCAUUCAAUAACGUUGCACCGCCAAGUCCUCUUCCAAUGCGUAUCAGCCAGAGUUCUAUGUCUAGCAGUAGUGUAUCUGAUUCGCCAAUUUUUCCUAAAGUAAUGCCAAAGAUACCAGAGUACGCCAGCACACAGGAGCAGUCUGCAUCACCUGCAUGUACCCAGGUUGUAGACAAAUUCACUGAGAAAAGAAUUCACAAAGAGGACUGUAUCGCUCCAAAUGAUGCUAAGCCACAACAAUUACAAUGUGACAAAACUAUUGAGAAGCCCAGUCCAGCAGCUAAAACUGCUGUGCUCAUUGACUUGAAUGAUAGUAAAACAUCAGCUGUAUCCUCAUCAACGGCAAACUUGAUAAAUUUUGCAGAUACUCCUGAACCCAAGAUGAACCUGCCCGUCAGUGAGAAAGAAAACCUGCUGAUAGUCAUCUAAGAAGUAGCAAUACAUGUUUUAGCAGGAUCAAUGAUAUAAAAUAUUUUAAUUCAAGUUUCAAUCAUUCCAGACAUCUUACACUAAUCUAGUGGUUGCCACCUAAAGCCACAUAUAUUGGUGGAGUGAUAGGAAAUUAUGUUUACAGCAAUGUCUGAGGCUGAUAUUUAUGACCAGCCAUUGCUCAGCACUGCUACAAGAAAUCAACAGGAGAUGCAAAAAAAUUAGGCCUCUGCUAUAGUCUAUAGCCAGGCAAUCACUGCCCCUGGCGGCUGUUGGCUGAUUAAGCUGCAUGCAUAACGGAUCGUUUGUAAUGACGAUCCAUUCAAAUUGCUACUGACAAUCAGCAGACAGUGUUGCGUCAUCUAGCGCUCACAGCAAGUGGAGUUUAGUUCGCCGGCCGACCGUAGUACGUGGCAGUGAUUUUAACCCUAUAUCCUGGGGCUGGGAGGUGAGCAUUCUAAUCACCAGGCUAAACAGCUUAAUUUUUUCUAUUUUUUGGCAAUUCAUAUGGUCUCAUAACUCUAAUUAUUCUCUUCUAGUAACACUUGUUUGAACAAAUUAUUGUUUUUAUUGUUUUUUAAUGUGAAUCAUUGGUAAUUUUGUCAUGCUUUUCAAUUUUUUGUGAACCUUCCUGAUUAAUUUCCUCUGGAAUAUACAUGUUCUCUUCCAUUGCUCUAAAACUGUAAAGUGUUUAUAACAAAUUUUAUUACAUUAUAAGAAAUUAAGGUUGUAUUUGGUACCACACAUGUAUAGCCAUUUGAAAGCUUUGAAAAAAGUGAACAAUUUAGAAGUACAUUAACCACCAUAAUGAUAUUACAAGUAGAGAACAAUAACUUAGACAGAAUGAAAUCUCUGUAAUAGACGUAUAUAUAUCAAAUAUCAAUCAUGUAAUGUACAUAAAAAAUAGCAAUUGUAACGUUUGAUCUUUGAUAAAAUUCGCUAAUCAAGUUACAUUUAUCAUAGUACUGUAUUUUCAUCAGUAGAUAGAUUAAAUUUACUGUAAUAUAUCAAAAUGAAAGCCGAUUAAUUCGCUUGCAAUGACAUUAGAUUUUAAAUUUUGAUAUAAAUUAGUUUGGUUAAUGUAAAUAGUAAAAUAAAAUAAUAAUACGUCAUAUGCUAGAUGCUGCUAUGUGCCUCAGUUAUUGUUGGCAGCCAUCUGGUUAGUUUUCCUGCAGCAAAGAAAUGACUCUGCUCUAAAAAAUUGUGUGUUUUAAAUCGGAUGCAGAAGUUUAUUUACUAUAUUAGUAGAUUACCUUUGAGAAACCGCACAAAACACAUGCGUACCAAUACUAGAUAUCCUACAUGAAUGAUGUUCAUAUAGUGAAUUUGAUUUGCUACAUGUAGAUUUAUUUUCAGGGUUAUUUUAACUUUUAGACUUUUGUUUCUUUUUGCUUUAUAUUAAAUUGAAUAUAUAAUUUUUGGCUGUGUAUCAAGCAAUAAAAUGCUAAAUAUGACUUUA